GGAGCCAUGGCCUAUGACCGCUACGUGGCUGUGUGCCACCCUCUGCACUACACAGUCAUUAUGCAUGGAGGGUUGUGCUUUGGACUGGCUGCCACCUGCUUGGUGGCAGGUUUCAUGAAUUCACUGAUGCACGUAGUCAUCAUAUUCCAGUUACCCUUGUGUCACAAUGUCAUCGAUCACUUCGCCUGUGAAAUGCUGGCUGUGCUGAGGCUGGCCUGUGUGGACAUCUCCUUCAACAAGGUCAUGGUGACCAUCUCAGGAUUUCUGGUGGUCAUACUUCCCUGCUUUCUGGUCCUAUUCUCCUAUGGUCGUAUAGUUGCUGCCAUUCUGCACAUUCGCUCUGCCCAGGGGCGACGCAAAGCCUUUGGAACCUGCGCUUCCCACCUCACUGUUGUUUCCAUGUGUUUUGGAACAGCCAUCUUCACAUACAUAAGACCCACGGGUGGCUCAUCAGCAGAGCAAGAGAAGAUGGUUGCCCUCUUCUAUGCUGUUGUGACCCCGAUGCUUAAUCCCUUAGUCUAUAGCUUGAGGAACAAGGAUGUGAUAAGUGCCUUCCAAAAAAUGUUAGUGAAACUUACUGAAAUAAGAUAA